GUGGCGCGUUGGGCCGGGCCGGGCGAUGGCGGCCGACCCGCAGCUGGAGCUGGACGAGCGGCUGCGGGAGGCCUGCAGCAUCGGGGACGCCGAGUCGGUGCGGCGGCUGCUCGACCGCGGGGCCCGGGUGAACGGGCGGAACCCGGUCAAUGGCUGGACAAGCCUGCACUGGGCGAGUAAGCGUGGGCAUCACCAGAUCGUGUCGUUGUUGCUGGAGACCGGGGCACAGACAAAUGUGCUCACUAGCAAGGGCGAGAGCGCAGCCCAGCUCGCCACCAGGCCCGAGCUCACCACCCUGUUAGGAGUGGACGAGGAUCAUAGACCGGCGGCCAAUGGCCACGAGGAGCUUCCCAUCAUCCCCCACUACCUGGCCAACCCGCCGCUGCCGGUGAGCGAGGCUGAUCCGGCCCGCGGCCCAGGACAAGGCCCAGGCCCAGCGGGGCUGUUCGCCAACACUGGCCAAGGCUCCGUCCCAGGCCCCGCUCCACACCUCCUCCCACCGCCUCCAGCUCUUGGCCACUCCCAGCUCUUCUGGAUGGGAGCGCUUCCCGAUAGUGAGCGAGAGCUGGUGCUGAAGGUUCGGCUCCACAGCACGGGGACAGAAGCCGACUUCAUCGAGGUGGAGCUUGACCGUGGCUGCCUCACCUACCAAGCGCUGCUCUCACUCGCCAGUCACGAGCUGGGCGUCAGUCCCGAGCAGGUGGAGAGGAUCAGAAAGCUGCCCAACACUCUGCUGAGGAAGGACAAGGACGUGAGGCGGCUGCAGCAUUUCCAGGAGCUGGAGUUGGUGCUGAGGGGAGCGGAGGGAGAGGCGUUGGUGCAGGCAGGUCUGACCGAGCGACCCUGCUACAAUCCUGGCGCUGCCACGCUGAUCUACUGAGGGGCUGGUGUAGGCCCGACCCCCACCUGUAGCCCUGGGACUGGCCGUAUCCCAGUACUCCCCCUUCCUGCACCCAAGGAACCACCACCCCCCCC